AUAAGAUUAUAGAGGACAUAGUACUGGGCACGACUCCUCUUUCCGGGGCUCAUAUGCUCCACGCCCAGCUGAUUGCUCUCUUUGUAUUCCUCACUUUGCGCGGUGGUUGUGGUGGUCAGUCGCCUCUGUUCCAGAUAUGUGAUUUUGGACUUGCACGUAUGAAUGAUCCAGACCACGACCACAACGGCAUCCUUACGGAGUACGUUGCCACUCGGUGGUAUCGGGCGCCGGAGAUUAUGUUGAAUUCCAAGGGAUAUACCAGAUCAAUUGAUGUAUGGUCCGUGGGCUGCAUAUUUGCGGAGAUGUUUGAUUCCAGGGCCCUCUUCCCCGGAAAGCACUGUAUCCUCUUCAUAUCGAUUCUUUUUAAAACUGUUUCCCCGUCCCCUCGUUUACGUUCAUUCUUUUCUUCAUCUCUAACAUACAGAUUAAUAAGUUAA